CUGUGAGUGCUUUGGGAACUGGUACGAGUGGUCUGAUUCUAUUUCAGCCAAUUCUUUAAAACCUCGUCAACUGCCGACCAUGAAGACUUCACGAAGGCUAACAAAUAAAAAACAGCAGCAGGGGUGUAAGAACAAGCUGUCGAUAUUGAACGGAGAAGAAAAAGAAAGCUCAUACCCGGACUCUCACGAUUUGGCCCAUGUCGAUAGUUUUGCCAAUUGGCCAGACAUAUACAGUCAAAAAACCAAUUUGAGUGCAAUGCAUCAGAGCAAGAAAUUGAAUGAGCCAAACCCUUGCCAUAACUUUGAAGAGCCCACCAAGAAAGCCACCAUGCACGAGUCUCCUCUAAGUGCUCUUAUUGCCGCCGUCAAUAAAGAAUUUACGGAAUGCGAGGAGAAGGGGACUGUCUCAAAAGCCGAACAAAAAGAGGUCGAUGCAAUUGAAGAUCCGAUGACCGCAGAAAUGAUUAUUCACGAUAUUUCAAGACCUGUGCAUAUUUCAGCUCGAAACCUUCACCUUCGAUUAGAAAACACAAUUCAUCCCGAGACUUUACUUCAUCAGAACGCUCUGUCAGACGAGGAGUCGACGCCAGAUAUUUUGGAGAGCACAAUCGAUCUUCGCUCCCAGUCUUGGGUAUGGGACCAUCUCGAAGAGUCUCCUGUAGCACCAACUCCGGCUGCAGAUCAGGAGAAGUCGGCAGCGAUACUAGACAGCUGUGGUAGUAUACAGACAGUCUCCUUCGGAAUCGGAAGUCCUCCGAAGAAAGAUUUCGAACGUAAGGGAGUCCUCUCCCGCACUGAAACCUCUCGAAACAAGAAACUGCUGAGCUCCAAACGAUUUAGUUUGUGGUCUAGGAGAUGGCACGAUUCCGGUCAGGUCCAAUCCAAAUCAAAGGGGAGGCGACUUUCUACGGCUAUAGCAGCACUGUGUCGUCCGAGGAGCAAGACGAAGCGAGAAGACACAGUGACUUCCAGUGAGAAAUCAAAAGAAUCCUCUUCUACUGACCAAACGAGCAACAGAAAGGAUUUGAAAAAUCUCCAAAGGGAGCCAGCAAAGGUGGUGUCUUCGCUGUCUGUUGCUCACCGGAAAAAAGAUUAUUCUUUCCAAAUGAGUGAUCCUUUGAAAAAUAAAAAGUUGCUUCCUUCCGAAUGCCCAAGGCAGAAUCGGGGGCGAUCGAUGCUUGCUACACCAAUCCGUUCUAUGACUCAACGGAAUCGUUCCCUUAGUCAAGUUACCGGUCUAAGUCGUCCCAGAAGCUUUUAUCGCGACAAUUCUUUGGCGUAUACUGCGGGUAGAAACAACGAAGCCUUCGAAACAGGUAAGCUUGUCGAAGACAAAUCGGGGUUCAAUGGGACUUGGAACGACUGGAGUCAGCGUCUAGUUGCUGCAACUGCAGUAUGCUGGGAUCCUCGUCCGAUUCCGAGUGAAAUCACGACCACGAAAGCAGUCACAACUUGUCGGAGAGUAGCAUACGAACCGCCAGGAACCAAAGCAGAAGUCCGAGACGAACAUUGCGAACAGGAACAGAAAUCGGAAUGUAAGGAUGACAACUAUAGUAGUAGCGGCGCAAUGGGCAAUUCGCUGUCAAGUAGUGGGGAGAUCGAGUAUGAAAUGAAUGGUACGUGGAAGGAUUUCUGGGAAAAAGCGCCAAGCGUCUUGCAAGCAAUGGAGAACGAGAUUCACAUAUUGUGCGGAUUUGCCGACGCAUCUGUUUGCUAUAACGAGUCGCAACACAAGGGGAGAUAUAGAUACGCGUGUAGUGUGGUUCAAGCGGAGUGA